AUGGGUUUAGAUUGGACAUCAAGAACAAAUACAUCUGGUUUCACAGGUAGAAGCCUUAGAGUUGCUGUCACAGUAACAGCUACUUUAGGUUUCUCAUUAUUCGGUUAUGAUCAAGGUCUUAUGUCUGGUUUGAUUACUGGUCCACAAUUUAACUAUGAAUUCCCAGCUACUAAAGAUCAUGCUGUUAAUCAAGGUGCUGUUACUGCUUGUUAUGAAAUUGGUUGUUUCUUUGGUGCUUUAUUUGCGAUGUUAAGAGGUGAUAAAAUCGGUAGAAGACCGUUAAUUAUCCUUGGUGCUUUCAUUAUUAUCAUUGGUACUAUUAUCUCAGUUACUCCAUACAGACAUGCUUGGGGUACUGGUCAAUUCGUUAUUGGUAGAGUUGUCACAGGUCUUGGUAAUGGUUUGAAUACUGCAACUAUUCCAGUUUGGCAAUCAGAAAUGUCAAAACCUGAAAAGAGAGGUAUGUUAGUCAACUUGGAAGGUUCAGUUAUUGCCAUUGGUACUUUUGUUGCUUACUGGGUUGAUUUUGGUAUGUCAUAUGUUGAUGAUUCAUCCCAAUGGAGAUUCCCAGUCGCUUUCCAAAUUUUCUUUGCAGUCUUUGUUAUGAUCUUCGCUCUUCAUUUACCAGAAUCACCAAGAUGGUUAUUAGGUAAAGGUAGAAGAGAUGAAGCUGUCUACAUUUUAGCUGCUUUGAAUGGUGUUGGUAUGGAUGACGUUGGUGUUCAAGAAGAAGCUACUGCUAUUCAAGAUGGUGUUGAAAAAGUCUCCAGAAACCAAGCCUCAUUAAAAGAUGUUUUCACUGGUGGUAAAACUCAACAUUUCAGAAGAAUGUUGAUUGGUUCUUCUACUCAAUUCUUUCAACAAUUUACAGGUUGUAACGCUGCUAUUUAUUACUCCACUGUCUUAUUUGAACAAACUAUUAAUUUAGAAAAGAGAUUGGCAUUGAUUUUAGGUGGUGUUUUCGCUACCAUUUAUGCUUUAGCUACUAUUCCAUCAUUCUUCUUGAUUGAAAGAUUAGGUAGAAGAAACUUAUUUUUAGUUGGUGCAAUUGGUCAAGGUUGUUCAUUUAUGAUUACUUUUGGUUGUUUAGUUAAAGAUACCAAAGAAAAUGCUAAGGGUGCUGCUGUUGGUUUAUUCUUAUUCAUCAUUUUCUUUGCCUUCACUAUUUUACCAUUACCAUGGGUUUAUCCACCAGAAAUCAAUCCUUUGAGAACAAGAACUGUUGCUUCAGCUAUUUCUACAUGUACCAAUUGGUUGACAAAUUUCGCUGUUGUCAUGUUCACACCAAUCUUUAUUAAAGAUGCCGGUUGGGGUUGUUAUUUAUUCUUUGCAUGUAUGAACUUCCUUUUCGUUCCAAUCAUUUUCUUUUAUUACCCAGAAACAGCUGGUCGUUCAUUAGAAGAAGUUGAUAUUUUAUUUGCUAAAGCUCACGUUGAAAAACAAUUCGUCUGGAGAGUUGCACAAACUAUGCCUAGAAUGAACCACAGAGAAGUUGAAAAAGCAGCUAUUGAAUUAGGUUUAUUUGAUGAAAUCGAAUUUGAAAAUGAUGGUUUCGAUGAUAAAGCUUCUGCUGAUAUCCCAGAUGCUGCUGAAAAAGAAGGUACUUCAGGAUCUGAUACCCCAAGCUCACAAGAUAACAACAAUGGUUUAUUAAGUAAAAAAGGUGACGAUAAUGCUUAG